GCUAUGCCGGAUGUGUUUUCCUUAAAUCAAACCGCUUUUAUUUUCCUAGUGUGGCUAACGGCUGAUAUCAUUCAAAGCUACAGGCUGUACUAAACGUAAAUCAGUGGAUAUAGAACAUUUUGAAAAAAGUGUAUUCUUUGUGUUUCUUUCAUACUCUUUCAACAGUCUUAAUAUUAAACUUGAGAAAUGUCCAGGCGAAGGCACAGCGAUGAGGGUGAUGCCGGCGCCCAGCCUCACAAACGGAGGAGGACGUCUGAACCCAUUGAGAUUGAAGACCGCCUGGAGUCACUGAUAUGUCGUGUGGGAGAGAAGAGUACGUCCUCCUUAGAAAGCAAUUUGGAGGGUCUUGCUGGUGUCUUGGAGGCGGAUCUCCCUAAUUAUAAAAGCAAAAUCCUGCGCAUCCUAUGUGCUGUUGCAAGGCUUUUGCCGGAGAAGUUGACGGUUUACACGACACUGGUUGGACUUCUCAAUGCUCGCAAUUACAACUUCGGAGGAGAGUUUGUGGAGGCCAUGAUCCGACAACUCAAGGAGACACUAAAAUCAAACCUUUACACUGAGGCUCUUUACUUGGUGCGCUUUCUCAGUGAUCUGGUGAACUGUCACGUCAUUGCAGCUCCCUCCAUGGUUGCAAUGUUUGAGAACUUUGUCAGUGUCACACAGGAAGAAGACAUACCACAGGUGCGAUCUGACUGGUAUGUGUACGUAGUGCUGUCCAGUCUGCCUUGGGUUGGCAAGGAGCUGUACGAGAAGAAGGAUGUGGAAAUGGAUCGCUUGUUUAACCAAAUCGAGGGAUAUUUAAAGCGGCGUCAGAAGAUUCAUGUUCCCAUGCUGCAGGUGUGGACUGCAGAAAAGCCCCACCCACAGGAAGAGUAUUUGGACUGUCUCUGGGCCCAGGUGCAGAAGCUGAAGAAGGACCGCUGGCAGGAGCGUCACAUCCUGCGGCCUUAUAUUGCAUUUGACAGUGUGCUGUGUGAAGCCCUGCAGCACAACCUGCCCCCUUUCACACCUCCAGCCCACUCCGACGACGCUGUCUACCCCAUGCCUCACGUUGUCUUCCGCAUGUUUGACUACACUGAUGCCCCAGAGGGGCCAGUGAUGCCAGGAAGUCAUUCAGUCGAGCGCUUUGUGAUUGAGGAGAACCUGCACUGCAUCAUCAAGUCUCACUGGAGGGAGAGGAAGACCUGUGCUGCCCAAUUGCUCAGCUACCCUGGAAAAAACAAGAUACCCCUUAACUACCAUAUUGUGGAGGUGAUAUUUGGCGAGUUAUUCCAGCUGCCUACUCCUCCUCACAUUGAUGUCAUGUACACUGCGUUACUCAUUGAGCUCUGCAAACUACAACCGGGCUCUUUACCACAAGUCCUCGCUCAAGCCACAGAAAUGAUGUACAUGAGGCUGGACACAAUGAACACAACCUGUAUAGACCGACUCAUCAACUGGUUCUCGCAUCAUUUAAGUAACUUCCAGUUCAGAUGGAGCUGGGAUGACUGGGCUGACUGCUUGACUCAAGACCUUGAAAAGCCCAAACCCAAGUUUGUUAAAGAGGUUUUGGAAAAGUGUAUGAGGUUGUCGUACCAUCAGAGGAUAGUGGAUAUUGUUCCUGCGAGUUUCUCUGUCCUGAUCCCUGCUGACCCUGUGUGCUUCUAUAAAUAUGGAGAGGAGACCAGCACUUCAUUACCUGGAUUUCCUGUGACAACUACAGUGGGUAACGCUAUCAAAAACCGGGCGUCUAAUGAGGAGAUUCUUAUUGUUCUAAAAGACGUCCCUAAUCCCAACCAGGAUGAUGAUGAUGAUGAGGGCGAUGGCUUCAACCCUCUAAAGAUUGAAGUGUUCCUGCAGACGCUGCUCCAUUUGGCUGCAAAGUCCUUCAGUCACUCCUUCAGUGCCCUGGCCAAGUUUCAUGAGGUUUUGAAGGCCCUCACAGAUUGUGAUGAGGGGAAACUGCACAUCCUCCGGGUUCUGUACGAGUUCUGGAAGAACCACCCACUGAUGAUCUCAGUGUUGGUGGACAAGUUUAUUCGGACCCAGAUCGUGGACUGUGCGGCCGUGGCCAACUGGGUGUUCUCUCCUGAAAUGGCUCAUGAUUUCACCAGGUUUUAUGUGUGGGAGAUUCUUCAUUCAACCAUCCGGAAGAUGAACAAGCACGUGCAGAAGAUCCAAAAAGAGCUGGAUGAGGCAAAAGAAAAGCUGGAGAAGCAACAGAACAAAAAGCAGCGGGAUAGCGGCGACGAAGAGGACAUGGAGAAACAGAACAGUGAGGAUGAGGAGGGUCAGUUGGAGGAACAGAUCGAGAAGCUGCAGGAGAAAGUCGAGUCGGCCCAGAGCGAACAGAAGAACCUUUUCCUUGUAAUUUUCCAGCGCUUCAUUAUGUUACUGACAGAGCACCUGGUUCGCUGUGAAACGAGCGGCGUAGACAUCAACACCACCUGGUACAAGAACUGCAUCGAGAGGCUGCAGCAGAUCUUUCUCAUGCAUCAUGUGAUCAUCCAGCAGUAUAUGGGCACCCUGGAGAACCUGCUGUUCACCGCUGAGCUCGACCAUCACAUCCUGGCUGUUUACCAGCAGUUCUGUGCUCUUCAGCUCUGAGAUCCCACAAUGCAUCACUUCAGACUGUCACACCUGCCUGUUUAGUGACAUCCAUCGGAAUAAUUGGAGAUGGCUUGCUUUAGUAGUGAUAUUGGGAAAUAUCAUACUUAUUUUGGGGCC